AUGGCCGCCGUCUCCCUCGCCGUCUUUGGCCCCCUGAUCCGCGCCCCGUUGCCGUCCUAUCUGGACGACAUACGCGCCUUCUGCCUCGGACACGCCGUGCUCGCCCCGCUUGUCCGUGACAUCGCCUCGGGCGCCUCGCUGCUCAGCGUCUGGGCACUCCUUGCCGGGGACAACCCUGAUAUCGCCCGUAUCUCCCAGGGGCCGCAAGCAUUCGUCCCCCUCCUCACGCAAUGGCUGGCCGACGGCGUGUCGGGCCCUGCCGCCUCCGCCUUGUCGCCCAUUGUAGCCCUCCCCAGGCUCGUCAUUAUUCAACUCGCCCAGUACUUUCAGUUCCUCGAGAGCAGGAGCUUGACGCACUCUGAAUUCCUCGCCCAGGCCUGCCAUGUCGGCGGCAUCCAGGGCUACUGCGUUGGCCUGAUACCGGCUUUCGCCCUUUCCUGCGCCACACGUGACCAGGAGCUGGCCGAAUCCUUACCAAUCGCCAUCCGUCUCGCAUUCGCAGUCGGCAUCUAUGCGGAGCUCGGCGAUGACUCGAGAAUUCCGGGCACCACAACCGUUGUUAUCAGGCUCAAGAAAGAAGGCCAGGCCGAAGAGCUCGUCGGCAUGUUUCCACAUACAUAUAUAUCGGCUGUCACAGAUCCAAAGUCUAUCAGCAUCGCUGGGCCAAUCAAACAAAUUUCUCGCCUGCAAGCCAGCGCCACUCAGCAGGGGCUGACGGUUCAGAGCGUGGAUGUCAGGGGCAAGAUGCACAGCCCAGAGAAUGUGCAUCUGGCCGCCCAGCUCUCCACACUGUGCGAAAAGUCUGAGCUGCUCAACUUCCCGGCGUCAGACCUCUUGCAAGUCCCCGCAAGGUCCAAUCGAACGGGGAACCUCAUCGAGAAAUGUUCUCUGACUAGGGAGUCCGUCGAGGCCAUCCUUGCGUCAAAGUGCGAUUGGUUUCGCCUCCUAUCAAACGUUGCCGCGGACCUUGGGAGGGCAGGCACCAUCUCGCACAAUGUCGUCUCCUUCGGCAUUGGCGACUGCGUCCCAUUGACCCCUUUUGAUAGGCUCGGCCUCCGCAUCACAAAAUCGGAUUGGAGCCGGGAACCAAGGACCGGGCCCACCAUUUCGGCCACAGAGAUGUCCAGUGGCUUUCAAUAUCCUGAUAACUCCGUGGCCGUCGUUGGCGCGUCAUGCCGUCUCCCGGGUGCGAACAAUCUCGAUGAGCUCUGGGAUCUGCUCGUUCAAGGUCAGGACAGACACGAGGAGGUGAAGGCCGACCGCUUUGAUUUGUACGGCGGAUACCGGGCUUCGCAGAGCGGAAACUUCACCAAGAACCGCAAGUUUUACGGCAAUUUCGUCGACGGCGUGGACAGGUUCGAUAACGCUUUCUUUGGCAUCAACGCCCGCGAGACAAUCAAUAUGGACCCACAGCAACGCAUUCUGCUCGAGCUCGCCUACGAGGCGAUGGAGUGCAGCGGCUACACACGCUCCCAUGUGCGAUCGCGCGGCGACGCUGUCGGAUGUUUUGUUGGCGCGAGCUUUGUCGAGUAUCUCGAUAACACAAGUGCGCAUUCACCCACCGCACACACGUCAACCGGUACUCUGAGGGCGUUCCUGUGCGGCAGACUGGCCUACUAUUUCGGCUGGACCGGUCCGGCCGAGGUCAUUGAUACGGCUUGUUCGUCGUCGCUGGUGGCGAUUAACCGUGCGGUGAAGGCGAUCCAGGGAGGCGAAUGCAGCAUUGCUCUUGCUGGAGGCAUCAACGUCAUGGCGGGAGCAAACAACUUCCUCGACCUGGGAAGGGGUGGCUUCUUGAGUCCGACGGGCCAAUGCAAGCCGUUCGACAAAGAUGCAGACGGAUACUGCCGGGCCGAAGGCGCUGGACUCAUUGUUCUCAAGUCCCUCAAACAGGCUCAGGCCGACGGCGACCGCAUCAUGGCUGUCGUUUCUGGAGCUGCCACAAACCAGAGCGGCCUGUCACGCAGUCUCACCGUUCCCGAAUCCAAUGCGCAGUCUCAGCUAUAUCGUUCUGUGCUGAAACAAGCCUGCAUCAGCCCAGACCAGGUCACGUUUGUCGAGGCCCACGGCACAGGCACACAGGCUGGCGAUCCCCUUGAAAUAUUGAGCCUCCGAUCCGUCUUUGGGAGUUCCACAAGAGCCAUUCCAUUGCACAUUGGCUCGAUCAAGGGAAACUUUGGUCACUGCGAGACUGCCGCCGGAGUGGCUGGUCUGCUGAAAGUCAUCUGCAUGCUUGAGCAUCGGAGCAUACCGCCCCAGGCCAGCCACAAGACUUGGAACCCAAAGAUACCAGCCAUCGAGCCUGAUAGGAUGACCAUCUCCAAGACCUUGACGACUUGGGACGCCCCCGUCCGCGCCGCCCUCGUCAACUCGUACGGCGCCGCUGGUUCGAAUGCCGCUGUCCUGUGCUGCGAGGCUCCAGCAGUAUCGUCAAAGGAUUAUUCGCAGCCGGGAUCGGGUAUGAAACAGCCCAUCAUCAUCAGUGCCAAGUCAUUGUCGAGCCUGAAGAACUACCAAGCGCUUCUUGGCAACUACCUCACAAAGGCAAUCCCGCAACCAAGUCUUGCCGAACUUGCCUACACGCUGAGCGAGAAGCGGCAGCAGCACAAGCAUCGUGUUGUCUUUGAAGCAAGUGAAACUUCAGGCCUCAUCAAGACAUUGAUGAGCGGGCAAGAAGAGGCCCUCGAGCUGUCUACCCCCAAGCCUGUCGUGCUUCUGUUUGGGGGUCAAAGCAGGCAGACUAUCAAUCUCGGCAGGGAAUUCUAUGAUCGCUUCACGACGUUUAGGACCUACGUCGACAUGUGCGACACCAUUCUGAAAGAUCUUGGGUUUCCUUCAAUUGUGCCAGCAAUCUUUCAGCCUACUGAUAUACCCGACAUUGUCGUUCUUCAGACGGGCUCUGUGGCGAUCCAGUACGCCAGCGCCGCAACUUGGAUCAAGGCCGGACUUAAAGCCAGUGCCAUGGUCGGCCAUAGCCUUGGCGAGCUUGCAGCAUUGGCCGUCAGCGGCACCUUGUCGCUGCGCGACUGCCUGAAGCUUGUCGCUACCCGCGCAACUCUGAUGAAGACGAAGUGGGGCCAGGAAAAGGGCGCGAUGCUCGCCGUCAUGGCCAGCCCGACUGUUGUCGAAGAUAUUAUUGCCAGUCUCAAACUAUCCGGCAGUGCCAAGAAUCUUGUGAUUGCUUGCUACAACUCGGACAAGAGCCAAGUUGUGUCGGGAGACAGCGGCGCCAUUGCCGAACUCGAGUCUCACCUUGUCUCAAGGCUGCCGCCUGUCAAGUGUUUGCGUCUCGGCACCAGCCAUGGAUUUCACUCGCACCUUGUCGAUCCAAUUCUUGGAGAUCUUGACAAGAUCAGCUCUGAGCUUGACUGGAGGCCACCCAGUAUUCCCAUUGAGCUCUGCUCCGAGACAUCUCGCCUGCCGGGUGAAUCCAACUACAACCCUUCGCUCCAGGCACGGAGCCCCGUCUUCUUUGCGAAUGCUGUUCAGCGCGUCGAGGAAAAGCUCGGUGGCUGUGUCUGGCUCGAAGCUGGAAUGAAUACGACAAUCGUGCAAAUGACAAAGAGGGCGGCUCUGCGGUUGGACGACCACACCUUCCAUGCAUUGUCGACGAAGGAUGACGAGACCCCCGUGAACGCCAUCUCACGAGCAGUCUGUGGCUUGUGGCGAUCUUCGUUGGACGUCACACAUUGGUCAUUCCUCCCAACCGAUCGCGCAACAAGUCCCACCUGGCUCCCUCCGUACAAGUUUGACCCCACUAUUGCGUGGCUUGAAAACAUUGACCAUGCGGCUGUGCUAAAACGGCAGUUAGAUGAGCGACCUGAGAUCAAGAGCGAGCCGGUUCUUGUUGAACAGAGGCGCAAGCUUGUCACGCUGUUGCCCGAGGCCGACAAAUCCGGCAAGACCAAGCACUUUAGCAUUCUGGCCGAGGGCCAACGUUUCAGGACCAUGGUAACUGGUCAUUCUGUUCGAAACAGGCCCUUAUGCCCUGCCUCGUUCUAUCUCGAAUGCACUGCCAUGGCAUUGGACCUGUUGAAUGCUGGGUCCGGCUUGCCCAAGUCAGGACUCGAGUUUGAAGACCUGGACAUCCAGGCGCCAUUGGGUCUUGGAGCAGAAGACGUCAGGGUCAUCCUUCAGGAGCCGAGCAGCUCUACCGGCUCCCAGCAGUGGGAGUUCAGCAUUGUUAGCCGGAACCGCUCAAGUAAGCUGGACAAGACAACCUUACACGCCAAGGGUCGUGUGGCCAAGUCAUCCACAUCCAAGCUGGCGACCAUGGCACGCCUUGUGAAUAGCCGAAUGAGAACUCUUGCAACGAGCGAGGAUGCCGAAAGGAUGUUGCAGAAGCGCGCAUAUGACCUUUUCUCCCGCGUAGUUUCCUACGAUAGAUUUCUGCAGGGCAUCUCCAGCAUCACGAUGAACGGCACAGAAGCCAUUGGAAAGAUUCGCAUUCCCCCCGGCCAGCCCGGUGUGGAGGAGAGCACUGUCAUCCGCGACUGCGAUGCCGUGUCGCUGGACAGCUUCAUUCAGGUUGUGGGUCUUCUCUUGAAUACCAGCGACCAUGUCGGGAAGAACGAGGUCAUGAUCUGCACUGGUGUCGACAAUGCGGCAAUUGCCAGCGGUUGCAACAUGUUGGACUGCCAAUCCUGGAAGGUGCACGCAUCCUACACGUCGACAGGCUCGUCACAAGUGAUCGGCGACGUGUUUGCGUUUUCAGAGGUCGACGGGUCCGUUGCUGCGGCUUUCACAGGCUGCCGGUUCGCAAAACUCGACGUAACGCGACUGGAACGCCUGCUCGACGCAACAAACCGAGUUCCUGGCAGCAAGCAGACCCAAGCUCGACCCAAUGUCGCCGAGAUGCCACAAUCGCAUCCCUCACCAGGCAUUUCUUCUCUUUCAGAAAAGGCGAGCAGCUUCCAUGGGCAGGACUCUGACAGCAGCUGGGCGGUGAGUGAUUUGGACACCCAGCUCUCCUCAGACGAAGAAAGUCCAGAUAUCCGCAGCACUCUGCAAACUUACACGGGAGUGGCGGCUUCGGCUAUCCCCGGAGAUGCAGUUCUUGCCGAAUUGGGCCUUGACUCGCUUGCCGCCGCUGAGAUGGCGGAAGAGCUGGGGAUUCUGAACCAAGCGGCAGCAAUGGACAGCCAAGAUAUCCUGUCCAUGACUGUCAAGCAACUCGAACAACACGUGUACGGGGUUUCUGCAAAAAAGGCUCCAGCGAGUGCUAGACUGGCUGCCGCAGCAAAGGGGGCCUUCCUUGGUUCUCCAAAGACGGCCUCGCCCAAGCCCAAGCAUCAACAAGCGCCCCUCCCACCGGUGGGUACUGCUGGGCUGUGGGAGGGCAAAGUCACAGAAUUGCUUGUGGAAAUUACUGGGGUGGCUGCUUCUUCCAUCAAAGCAGAUUUGACUUUGGAAGAGCUUGGGGUCGAUUCUCUUGCUUUGACUGAGAUCCUGUCAUCGGUGACAGACGCCUCCCCCAUUGGGACUUCCUUCGACACGAGCGACAUCACAUUGCAAUCCACGAUCGAAGAACUUCUUCGUGUUGUCCGGACAGUGACAGUGGGCAGUGGCGACGACGAUGCUGACGGUGACGACGAGGACGACUGGGAGCCUGUCAGUCCUGGAGAAGCCCGAACUAUGCCUCUGGAGGUUUUGGUAUCUGCCCAAUCCAACACCGCCCUGCCGUCUAAUGCUCGGGAGCUGCAGAUCAGGACGCCAACAACGCAGCUGCUCGAGACACGCGUAAAGACGGAUCCCAGAGCGGGACUGCGAGCCUGUGACGCGCAGUUUGAAGCUGCUGCACAAAGCCGCGGCUUCCAGCAUUACUGGGACGAUGUCGCAGUUCAGCAGGGCAAGCUGUGCCUCGCAUACAUACUGGAAGCAUUCCAGAAGCUUGGCGUAGACCUGUCGUCUUUCUCCGAAGAGGGAAUUGUGCCGCAGAUCAGCUAUCGCCCCAAACAUUCCAACGUCGUCGAGCGCCUAUGGGGCAUCGUCGAGAGACACGGCCUCGUCAGCUUCAGGGGCGAUGCGAGAAUAGUCCGCACCAGUCAGGCCGUCCCGGCUCAGCCAGCUGCAUGGCUGCAUGCUGAGUUCUUGCAGAAAUAUCCGGCGUAUGCAGUCGAGGCGCGCCUUUUGGCAAUCACAAGCACAAAGAUGGCAGAGUGCUUGACUGGCGAAGCCGACCCCAUUAAGCUCUUGUUUGGAACCGCGAGCUCCCGCGACCUGCUAGCCGAGUACUACAGCAAGUCUCCAAUGUUGGCUACCUUGACGAGCCAGCUCAUAUCCUUUAUUUCGGGAUGCAUUGAGAGCCCAGCUGUUCGAGACCAGCGGCCGAGAACCUUGAGAAUUCUUGAGGUCGGUGCCGGGACAGGAGGCACGACCGCCGAGCUUGCCGAGAGUCUUGCCAAAAUUCACAAGUCCGGCGCUGUCAAGGUCGAGUAUAUCUUCACCGACAUCUCUUCAACAAUGGUUGCAAAGGCAAAGACCAGGUUUUCUCAGUAUAGCGACUGGAUGUUCUUUGAGAAGGUCGACCUCGAAUAUGACCCGCCGGCCCAUCUGACGGAUAAAUUUGACAUUAUUCUCGGCACAAACUGCGUGCACGCUACGCGGGACCGGGUGGCCACCACGCGGCGGAUUCGGCAGAUGCUCAACCGAGACGGCUUCAUGGUCCUGUCGGAAAUCACCCGAGUCGUGGAUUGGCUUGAUCUCGUCUUUGGCCUGCUCGAGGGCUGGUGGCUGGCCGACGGCGGGUCUUCGUACCCACUGCAGUCGGCGGAGUCGUGGAUGAACAUCUUCUGCAAAGCCGGAUUCGGCGCAGGCAUGUUCUCGCGCGGAGAUUCCGAGGAUGCCAACACACAGCUGCUGCUGAUUGGCUGCAACUAUACCAUUCCCGACUCUCCGAACGGGGGCUUCAUGCGGCCACUGGCUGCCUCGCCUCUGUUCAAGAAGCAGACGGUCAUCUACAAGGAGGAGGACGGCGUCCAGAUUGAAGCCGACAUCUUUCUACCAGCCAAACCAUCGUCCCGGCGGCCCAUGCCGAUUGCGCUGAUGGUGCACGGCGGCGCUUACAUGACUCUGUCCCGGAACUCGGUUCGGCCUGCGCAAACAGCCCACCUCCUUGCGAAUGGCAUUCUGCCCGUCAGCCUCGACUACCGACUGUGUCCUGAAGUCAAUAUCGUAGAUGGCGCCAUGGCAGACGUCCGCGAUGCCUACAUCUGGGCAAAGCGCAAGCUUCCAGCCAUCGUGGCCCCGCAUGGUAUUGUACUGGACACGGAGCAGAUCGUCGUUAUCGGUUGGUCGACAGGGGGUCAUCUUGCCAUGUCGACUGCCUGGACCCUGGAGGCAGUAGGAAUGAGCCCGCCGAAGGCCAUUUUGGUUUUCUAUGCUCCCACAGAUUGGCUGGCAGCCGAUGUGUUUUCGCCUCGGGCUACCAUCUCUCGGAUCCCCCCGCGCCUGUCACGAGAGCAGCUCCUCCAGAUGGAUCUUUUGCCGAGCCCACUCACGGGCUACGAUGUCAUUCACGACGGGGAAGGGCCAGGGCUCGGCUGGGUCAAGCCUGGCGAUGCUCGGUCGGAGCUGGUUCUCUCCAUUUUGAGAGAGCCGAGGGAAUUCGCCAUGUCUCUCAUGUUGAACGGCACGCAGAAGCACGAGACAAAGGUUGAACAGGUUGUGCUAGACGCUCCCGCGGCAGAGAGACAGGCGGCCAUCUGCCCAACAGCCCGCCUGCGGGCAGGACAGUACAAGGUCCCCACGUUCAUCAUCCACGGCGACGCGGACGAGCUUGCCCUGUUCAGAUCUGCCACACAGUUUCACAACGAGAUGAGCCGGCUGGGCCUCCGCUGCGGGUUCUUGCCUGUUCCCAACGGCCCUCAUAUCCACGACAUGCGGCUGAAGCCUGGUAUGCCGGCGUGGGACGAGCAGGUGGCCCCUGGCUAUCAGUUUCUGUUUGACAUUAUCAAGGGCUAG